CUGUAGACGUCACUUGUUAUGUCUCCUCCGGUUCUGGCUAGGCUCUGUCGCGGGGAGACGACGACGGGGCCCGGAGAAACCCAACCACAACAUCCCCGCCGCUGGCGGCCCCCACAGAAGGAGUAGGGCCGCCGUCAGCCCGGGAAGGGGAUUGAUUGGCUCUCUGCGGAGAGUCAGAAACCCACACAGAGGGAAGAUGUGGCUGAAGCUGUUUUUCUUGCUUCUUUAUUUUUUGGUCCUGUUUGUCCUGGCCAGGUUUUUUGAGGCCAUUGUGUGGUAUGAAACUGGCUUCUUUGCCACCCAGUUGGUGGACCCUGUGGCACUGAGCUUCAAAAAACUGAAGACCAUUUUGGAAUGCAGGGGACUUGGAUAUUCAGGGCUUCUGGAAAAGAAAGAUGUCAGGGAGCUGGUUGAGAAGUCAGGAGAUCUCAUGGAGGGCGAACUUUACUCUGCUCUCAAAGAAGAGGAAGCCUCUGAAUCUGUUUCUAGCACAAACUUCAGUGGUGAAAUGCACUUUUAUGAGCUGGUAGAAGAUACAAAGGAUGGUAUCUGGCUUGUACAGGUCAUAGCAAAUGAUAGAAGCCCUCUAAUGGGAAAGGUCCAUUGGGAGAAAAUGGUGAAGAAAGUUUCAAGGUUUGGCAUACGUACAGGCACUUUUAACUGCUCAAGUGACCCAAGAUACUGCAGGAGAAGAGGUUGGGUAAGGUCCACAUUAAUUAUGUCUGUUCCACAAACUAGCACAUCAAAAGGAAAAGUAAUGCUUAAAGAAUAUAGUGGACGUAAAAUUGAGACAGAGCAUAUUUUCAAAUGGAUAACAGCCCAUGCAGCUUCUCGGAUCAAAACAAUUUUUACAUCGGAACACUUAAAAGAAGAAUGGAACAAAAGUGAUCAGUAUCGAGUGAAAAUAUACCUGUUUGCUAAAUUAGACCAGCCUCCAGCAUUCUUCUCUGCACUGAGUGUAAAGUUUACUGGCAGAGUUGAGUUUAUUUUUGUGAAUAUAGAAAACUGGGACAGGAGUCACAUGGCAGAGAUGGGUAUUUAUAAAACACCAUCCUACAUACUUAGAACUCCUGAAGGAAUGUACAGGUAUGGAAAUAAUACUGGUGAAUUUAUUUCCCUACAUGCCAUGGACUCAUUCUUGCGCUCUUUACAACCUGAAGUUAAUGAUUUAUUUGUUUUAAGUCUGGUCUUAGUUAACUUAAUGGCUUGGAUGGAUCUCUUUAUAACCCAAGGUGCUACUAUAAAGCGCUUUGUUGUUCUUAUAAGCACUUUAGGGACAUAUAAUUCUCUGUUAAUUAUUUCUUGGCUACCAGUCUUGGGUUUUUUGCAGUUACCUUAUUUAGACAGUUUCUAUGAAUACAGUUUAAAACUGUUCAGAUACUCUAAUACAACUACCCUAGCUUCAUGGGUAAGAGCUGACUGGAUGUUCUAUUCUUCACACCCUGCCUUGUUCCUCAGCACUUAUCUGGGUCAUGGCUUAUUAAUAGAUUAUUUUGAGAAAAAGAGACGGCACAAUAACAGCGAUGAAGUAAAUGCCAAUAAUCUAGAGUGGCUAUCAAGCCUUUGGGACUGGUACACUAGCUAUCUCUUCCAUCCAAUUACUUCUUUCCAGCACUUCCCCUUUGAAUCUGAUUGGGAUGAGGACCCAGAUCUGUUCCUUGAGCAUUUAGCUUUCCCUGAUUUGUGGCUUCAUCCUCUGAUACCAACUGAUUACAUUAAAAACUUACCUAUGUGGCGAUUUAAAUGUCUUGGUAGCCAUUCCGAAGAGGAAAUUGACAUUUCUCAGAGUGAAAGUGACUCGGACAGUGAAUGCCAAGAUGUCCCAAGUAGUGACAAAGAGAAAUCUGAGGAUGAGCAAAAUACCCAUCAAAAGUCCUGUGAAGGAGAAUCUCAUUGCAAUGCUGAGACCUGUUCAUGUGCCAAAGUCCGGUCAUAUGGAUCGCACAGUGCUACAGAAGAUAUGGAGCCUGAUUGGUCAGCUUGGCCUGCUAAUAUGUUGCACUGUACAGAAUGUGUGGUGUGUCUAGAAAAUUUUGAAAAUGGAUGCCUGCUGAUGGGUUUACCAUGUGGCCAUGUUUUUCAUCAGAAUUGUAUUGUGAUGUGGCUGGCUGGGGGGCGGCAUUGCUGCCCAGUUUGUAGAUGGGCCUCUUACAAGAAAAAGAAGCCAUACACACCUCAUCAGCAUUUGUCAAACCACAGCCCAUCUUAGCUGUGUACUAAAUAAUGUCCUUUGUAAUCUUCCCACAUAUUUACUGCUUGCCUUUUAAAUGUUAGUCACAAACAGGCCGUGUGGUUGAAGUUUUAGUUUAAAUGUUAGUGCAGUGAACUAAAAUAAACAUGUUAACAUUGAUGACAGAAUCAUUUUGUUGCCUUGUACGUUGAAACAAUGGAUACUUACUGUACAAUUACACUUUUCUUUUACAAUAUUUUGACUUCAAAAAUUAACAUUUUUGUUUUGCUUUUUUGCAAGCAUAAAAAUCAAACAUAUGUCAGUAAAAGUAUAUUUCAACAAACAUUUAACAAGGUAGGAUUUUGGUGACCUUGAAAAUUGAACGUAAAAUAAUUGUUUUAUUCAAAUGUUUCUUGUUUUAGAGUUUGUUCAGCAUACCUCUGUUGAAUACUGUAUGUUCUCUGAGAAAAAAUUUAAAAACAAAUCCAUGAAAAUAAAUUAUUUUAAAAGCAGGUAA